AUGUCUGAGAAAAAGGGCCGCGUUCUGCUUGCUUACUCAGGGGGUCUCGAUACAUCCUGUAUCCUUGCCUGGUUGAUCGAACAGGGAUAUGAGGUCUACGCGUUCAUGGCCGAUGUUGGUCAAGAGGAGGAUUUCGAGGCUGCACGGAAGAAAGCGCUUACUGUGGGCGCCAAGAAGUUUUUCCUCGAAGAUCUUAAGCGUGAAUUUGUGACCGAACUUAUCUACCCCGCCGUUCAAGCUAACUGUAUCUACGAGAAUGUAUACCUAUUGGGUACAUCCCUCGCUCGCCCUGUGAUUGCUCGAGGCAUGAUGGCCAUCGCAGACAAGGAGGGUUGCGAUUUUGUAUCGCACGGAUGCACAGGGAAGGGCAACGACCAAGUGCGCUUUGAGCUGGCUUUCUACGGCCUGAAGCCCGAUAUCAAGGUCGUUGCUCCAUGGCGUAUCCCCGAGUUCUACAAUCGAUUCCCUGGACGACAAGCUCUUCUAGCCUAUGCUGCCGAAAAGAAUAUCCCUGUUCAGCAGACCGCCUCGAAGCCCUGGUCGACAGACGAGAAUCUCUUUCACAUCUCGUACGAGGCGGGCAUCUUGGAGGAUCCCGACACCACACCUCCUGUGGACAUGUGGAAGCUGACCACAGCCCCGGAGAACGCACCUGUUAUUCCGGAGCGCAUCUCGAUCCAAUUUGAGCGCGGUCUCCCUGUGAAGGUGACGGUGCCUGGGGAGGGCAAAACGUAUACGGAUGCCGUGGACGUGUUCAACGCACUGAACGCGCUAGCCCGUAAGCAUGGCAUCGGUCGUAUUGACAUCGUCGAGAACCGCUUCAUUGGCGUUAAGUCACGGGGCUGCUACGAAUCACCCGCAGCGACAAUCCUCCGCAUCGCGCAUAUGGACAUCGAGGGCCUCACGCUCGACCGCAAUGUCCGUGCGCUCCGGGACCAGUUUGUCACAAUCGAGCUCAGCAAGAUAUUGUAUAACGGCCACUGGUUCACGCCUGAGAGGGAAUUCGUGAUCAGCGCGAUCCCCAGCAGCCAGCGCACCGUUAACGGUGUGGUGAGGCUCAAGCUUUACAAAGGCAAUGUCGUGGUGGAGGGUCGGUCAUCAGACGAGGGCUUGUACGAUGAGAAGCAGUCGUCCAUGGACGAGCUCGGCGGUUUCGAGCCCACUGACACGACCGGUUUCAUCCAGAUCGAGUCCAUUCGCAUCAAAAAGUGGGCGCAAGCCAACAUCCGUAAAGGCCAGGCUGGCGUUACGCCCAAAGACGUCUACGGCAGUCGCGUGUAA